GUAAAUUGGAGACGUCCUUUUUAGUAGACCCAUAACCGCGACAUGCUUCUGUUCGUCUCGACACGAGGAAUAUGAAGCAUCACCUGUCUAGUCUGUUAUUCGUUCUGUGCGUCUUGUACAUCGCGAAGCAGUCGGAAUGUUACAAGAUUCUAGCCAUCGUCCCGACACCAUCUUACAGUCAUCAAAUACCAUUCCGUCCAUUAUGGCUGGAACUACACAAACGGGGUCACGAAGUUGUGCUGGCCACAGCGAAUCCUAUACCAAAUAUCAGAUCACCGAAUUUUACGCAAAUCGAUCUUAGCCAAAUUUACGGAGUCGUACAGAGUUUAGAUUAUGUUCAAAUGCGAUUUGAGGGAACACGCUGGCUGCAAGCCGUGCAAGAAAAAAUGUUGCCUCUAGUCGGAGUUGCUGCGGAAAUGGUGCUUAAUUCUACAGAACUUCGGAAGCUGUACGCUCCAGAGAGCAACGCAACCUUCGAUGUCUAUUUGACGGAAUUCCUCUACGUGCCCGCCAUUUACGCAUUGGCACAUCGAUUCAAUGUUCCCAUGAUAGGGUUAAGUUCAUUUGGGUUAUUUGCAAUCAACGAACACGCACUUGGUGGAUUGGUUUUCCCUUCUCACGAGUACACGUGGGAAAUGGAAGAGAACACGGGCACGAAUCUACCAUUCUUCAAGAGACUGAGCAAUUUCGUGAACAUGUGGCAUAAUUUGUACUACUACUACAACGAGAUCCUCCCUCACCAACAGAAAGUUGCCGAGAAAUAUCUUGGGCCUCUACCAUCUAUGCUAGACGUAUUAAAGAACGUUAGCUUGCUUUUCAUCAAUCAAGCCGACGUUAUGACACCGGCUCGCCCGAAACUCGCGAACGUAAUUACGUUUACAUCCGCCCACAUAGAAAAGGAGCUGACAGCUCUGCCUAAGGACUUACAAACAUUUCUGGAUGACGCCACAAAUGGAUUUAUCUACUUUAGUCUUGGUAAUAAUGCAAGAAGUGCAAGUUUGCCACUGGAGACCCGACGCCUGUUCUGGGACGUGUUCGCCAAGUUGCCUUAUAGAGUUAUCUGGAAAUUCGAGGAGGAUUUCCCCCCGAAACCUGAUAAUGUUUACAUCGGAAAAUGGCUACCACAACAAACCAUUCUGGCUCAUCCCAACAUUAAAUUGUUCAUUUAUCAAGGAGGUCGGCAGAGCAGCGAAGAGACCAUCCACUACGGGGUACCAGUUCUUGGUUUUGCGAUUUUCGGCGAUCAAUAUUAUCAAGUAGCCAGAAUGGAAGCUCUGGGUAUUGGAAAAUUUUUGGAAAUUACAACCCUUAAGAAGAAUGAACUUGAAAAUGCUAUUAUAGAGCUUAUAACUAACAAAAAGUACAAAGAAAGGAUACAUUAUAUCCGAAAUGUCGUACAGGAUACACCGUACGAUCCGGUAGAGAAUCUCGCUUGGUGGACGGAGUACGUGAUACGAACGAAAGGCGCCCCUCAUCUUCGCAGUAGUCUAGCUUUUCAGCCUUGGUAUCAACGUUGCGAUAUAGACAUUAUAGCGUUCUUAACGAUCACAAUUUUCUUGAUCGCUUCUACUACCUUUCAUUUAAUUGCCAAGAUUGUCGUCUACAUUCAUAAGCAAAUCAAAUCAACUGAAAAGCGAAAGAUAAGCUAAGUAUUUAUGGUACAGUUAAUCAAAGAGAAGUACUUCUAUUACAAUUCAGUCCAAGUAACGCAACUGUUUAACAUCUCAUUUCAACGAAUGAAUUUUAUCUAGUAUCGUUAAUGAAAUGAUCAUCCCGCGUUUUGGCACGCUAACGAUUCUGGCACGGAGAAACUUGCAAAUAAAAGAAAGAUUUGAUUAAUAUUAAAAUCUCAUUUAUACAUUGUUGAUCUCAUGAUUGAGAUUUUUUGAGGAAUCGUCAAGUUUACUCUAAAUUGUUAUCAUCAAUUAGGAAAAAAUAACAUUGAAAACAUAGGUAUGUCGAAGUAAAGUAUUGAUAUUACAUAUGUCUGUUGCGUUCCUGAAGUGAUUUCGUUUGUUUCCGAAUUUGUUGUUUUUAACUGUAGCGUGUCUUCUGUUAUUAGGAACGGAACGAAAGACUUUAAACCUUAUGUUAUAAGGGAUCAAUCAGUAUUGUUGGCAAUAUGUUAAUCAUAUGAUCAAAUAGCUCUUGUUAUUCGCGAACAUGUUGCAACUUAGUCAAUAAAAGUCUCCGCAUCGUGCACCUGUUUAUGAUGAAUGAUAUUAUAAUUUUAAAAAAUGGAAGGCAUAAUGUAGUUAUUCGAAGUAAAUCCUUUUUAACUGAUACAAAAUUAUGUGGUAAAAAUCGUAAAAUCAAAGAUAAAUAGAAUAAUAAUUAAAGUACAUCCAUUUAGGAAAACAAUUAUCUUUAGAAACCCUAUUACACUUCUUAUUUCUAUCGCAGUAUUCUGACACUGUACGUGCGAAUUACAGACUUUAACGUAGUGUUAUGUACAUAGAGAUAAAAAAGUGAUGUUACGUAAGCGCAUAUUGCUUUAGGCUUUGUUAGAAAAUUAUAAUAAAAAUAUAAAAUAUAGAAUUAAAUUUAUUACUCUGCGAAGUGCUUGUGUCAUUUUAGUUUCUGUGAUAUAUUUUGUGGCACGUUUUUCUGUUAAAGAACUUGUGUUAAUUAUCCUUUCCAUCAAUUUUAGAAAUUCCAGUUACAAAAACCGUCAAAGAGACAAACAUUCGUUGAAGUACGUCCGCGACAUUUCCAGAUCAAAUUGACAAUUCAUUAUUACAGUACAGUUUUCAAAUCUCGAAUGGUAAAACUGAUCACACAGAUACAUAAAAAUGUCUCAUCUAUUUCUGCUUUAAUUUAUAACACAUCUUUGUAAUGGGUAUAUCUUAUAGCAAACAUUUCUGUUACGCACAAAUAUACUGCACGUUUUAUUAUAUAUGAAAUUUGUACAAUUACUAUGAAUUUCUAAUAAAUAUCGUAAUUUUUAUACCAGCAA